AUGAACAGCGCUGUAGACUCAUUGUUGAUGCGCCUCAAGUUAUCGGAUUUAAUUCCGAAGUUCAAGGAGAUGAAGCUGGAUCGUAUUGUGAACCUGCGCAAGCUGAGUGAAGAAGAACUCCGCGAGGCUGUUCCUGACGAUGAGCAGAGGAAUCUUAUCAUUCACGCCAUUUCAAACCGUGGGACGCACGAAAAGAGACAGCAGUCACAGGCAGCAAACAUCAAUCCUCCACGCAACGCGGAUGACGGGGGUCGUGUGGGCAUUUCUUUUCCACGUGGCUCCACACGCGGUGGCAUGGGGCGUGGUGUAAGCCGUGGUGGUCGUGGCGGAGGCAGCAUAAACAACAACAGCAACAGUGAGACGAACACCUCGUUCCCGGGUCGUCAACGUGCGUGCAACCACUUCUUUUCAGGAGAGUGCAAGUUCGGUGACCGCUGCCGCUAUAGUCAUGACAAGGAAAUUUAUGAUAGGGAAAUGGCGGAAAAUGGGCCUCGGCGGCCUAACGAUUCUGUUAGCAAGCCGAAAGACUACUCUGAGGUCUGUGAAAUUCCUACGCAUCGCAUCAAGUUCUUACUUGCUAAGAAGGCUGAACGUCUUAAGCAGAUUCACAUCCAAAAUCAUACACACAACGAACCAUUUAAGCGCGUCGACUCAAACGUUGAGAAGUUUGAGUUGGUAGUGUACGGUCCUGACCCUCAAUCUGUUCUGCAGUCAAAGAAGAUGAUUCUUUCAUACGUUGGUGUGACAAAACAGGAAGAGCAAAAGAGUCGCUUGCAGUAUACAAUC